CCUCUAAUGUUUUCCUGCGCCGUUGCCGGGGCGACAGAGGCGUUUCCCAGUGAUUUAAGGAUACCUCUCACGCUGUUUCCUCACUCUGCUCAGACUGCCGCCGGUCUCCCUGCACGGCAACAGGCGGGAGGGAUUCCCCUGCUCGUCGCCUCUCUGUCUUCCCCGUACAAAACAGCUUCCAAUCAAUCACAACUAGCUACUUUUAUUUCUUUUCUUUUUUUGGCUUUUAUUUUCCACCGACGCGCCUAUCCAGCGGCGACAUGUCCCGGAGCCAAAGUGCGGCGUGCGGCGCGGAGCAGAAACUUUAAGAAAAAGAAAAAAAAAAAAUACCCAAAACAUUUCUGAGGAGGGUUGGAGUAUUUUAUUUUUUUAUUCUAAGAAGAUCCAGCGCAGUCCGCAGCCAAGACGAACUGGGACUCCGCGCACAGAUUCUAACUGAUGAGGCAGCCUCCAAAUGACGUCGAGAUGGCUUGUGGCACGCUUCUUCCAUCUAUUUCCACCUUCGCCAGCGGUCCGACUGACAAGAGCAGAUCCAUAGGAGGCGCCUUUCUGAAAUGGAAGGAGGAGUUGUCCCACCUUAAGAGAUCCAGUGUGCCAGAGAGAAGCAGCUGCUGCGACCCAGACCAACCUACUGCCACCAGCAUAACCAUCACCAGCAUGUCCAAGAAGGACAACGAGCAGGAUCUGGACUUGGACUACGAUUUUAUUCUGUCCAACUCCAUCCUGCAGCAGCAACAGCAGCAGCAGCAGCAGCAGCAGCAGGAGGACGCCAUGGGGUGCAGCUCUGCCCACGCCAUGUCGUCGUCCCCGGGUUCCUUCACCUCGUCUUACCAGCUCCCCUCCCCCCAGGACACCACCAGCGAGCUGCUCUACACCCUCCCAGACAUCAGUGACGUCUCACCCUCUGGAGGCUUCGUGGCAGAACUCAUGAGGCCUGAUUUGGACCCCGCGUACCUCCACCCUCCCAGCCUCCACGGCAAGUUCGUAGUCAAGACGACAAUGGACAUGGGAGACUACAGCCAAGUCAUGACCGUAGGCAAGGCCUGCGUCGACCCGGCCCCGGACUCCGCGCCGUCGCGGGCCUCGCCGUCCUUCGCGUGCACGCGGAUAAAGCAGGAGAACCCCGGUAACUGCACCAUCUCACAGCAGCCCCUGGACCUGCACCUGGCCGGGCUGAACUCUCACGGCCGCGCCGGGCACCAGCCGCGCCCCGGCAACUUGGACCUCCACGGGUUCGCCGGCAACGGGAGGACCAUAAGCGGCACUCGGUUGUCUUCGUCGUCUUCCCUUUCCCCAGACAACCCUCUGGGCAGCCGGGAGCACCAGCUGGGCCACCCGCUCUCUCAGAUCCCGCUACCUCCGCAGGGGUACCACCACGGUACCUCUCAGGGCUACACCUCCUACCCUCAGGGGUCGUCGGUGCAGUACUCAGAGGGCCUCAUGAUCUCCAGCGGGGACUGCUUGCCGGAGGAGCCGAAGCCCAAACGCGGUCGGCGCUCCUGGCCGAGGAAGAGGGUGGCGACGCACACGUGCGACUACGUCGGCUGUGGGAAAACGUACACAAAGAGCUCCCACCUGAAAGCACACCACCGCACACACACAGGGGAGAAGCCUUACCACUGCGACUGGGAGGGCUGCGGCUGGAAGUUUGCACGUUCGGAUGAGCUCACUCGCCACUACAGGAAACACACGGGUCACCGGCCGUUCCAGUGCCAGAAAUGCGACCGGGCCUUCUCCAGGUCGGACCACCUCGCCCUCCACAUGAAGAGACACUUAUGAGACGCGGACAAGACGGCGAAGGCCCGGAGGCUCCAGUAUAUAUAUAUAUCUGUAUCUUGUUUUGCAAAAUCCCGAACAAACACUUGUUACCAAAACCUGCCUUCAAGCUGACGUCGAGCAACAAGACACGCUGUGGUUGUUCAUGGCACAAAGACAUUAAUAGAAAAAGCCAAAAAAACUGAAAAAAAAAAAAAAAAGCAUUACUCCUUUAAGAGCCCCGCUCACGUUGUGCAGGUGACUCGACGAGGCCUCUCAGCCAGGGUUGUAAAACUUUCUGAAAAGGGACCAAACUGGAAUUUGUCUUAUUUAACCGACAAAACUUGGUGGACCAGGUGCCAGCGGCUUUUAACUGGAAAAUUCAGGGAAACCAGGAGCAACAGACAAAACAUCUCCAGAGGCCUUCUAGAAGCGAGCAAUGGCAAGACUCUACUCCUAAUACACACUGUUAAGACAAAACUUUCUGAGUAAACGCAGCGAUAUUUAUCAUCCUGUUUCACCUGCAGAAGCCAUUCAUUUUCAGGUACAAUGUUAAUUUAUACAGAAUGGUGCUGAGUAACACAGAAGGUUUCUUUUGGAAAUAAAAAAAGGUACCAAAGAUGAUGGAAAUAGAUAAAAAAAAAAAAGGGUGAAGCAAGGAUAAAAAAAAAUGGAAAGUGCCAUAUAGUUGUUUGUGUUUUCUUCCAAAAAGUAUGACUUCAGGUGAAGACUUUUUU